GUGCUGACGGGAGCGCUUGUGGGCGGCCCCAGCGGGCGCGACAGCUACAAGGACGUGCGCAGCGACUACCAGAGCAACGAGGUGGCCAUGGACUACAACGCAGGCUUCACGGGGGCGCUGGCGGGGCUGGUGCACCUGCUCCCCGACGCCGCCGCGCAGUGA